AUGAGCACAAAGGAGAACAGAGGCAAUCAUAGCUCAGGCCAGGCCAUCUUGAAGCGCGGCAAGUCAACUCACGCACAUGCUGCAGCGUCCAUCAAGAGCGCUAGUCGGAAGCGGAUAGCUAAUUCGGAUGACGAAAGCGAGGAGGACAUGCAAAGUUCCCAGGCGAGCAAGAGCAAGCGGCAUGCUCUACAAGAAUCCAACGGUCAUCUCAGCAGCUCCUCUGCCAGCCGAAAGCGCGAUAAUCAUGGCAAGGAUGCAAUGGCCCUGUACGAAGAGCUCAGAGCGACGAGGACGACGGAUGUCGAAGCUUCACUUGCAGAGCUCAUCAGACUCUCCGACGAACGCGCAGAAACUGCUACUGCGACGCUGAAACAAUACAAGCAAGAUCUGGAUGCACUGCAAGCCGAGAACGAUGCUCUGCGGGCCAAAGUCGCAGCUCGGCCAAUUGACGACGUGCCUCUAGGUACGAAUGACAAACAACUGGCCGACAAACUCGAGUCUGUCACGCGAUCCCAUCAGGCGGCGAUAGCCCAUGUGACAGAGCUGCGCACGAAGCUCGAAACGCUCGAACAGCAAGCAGACGGUGUACGAGCGGAAGAGCGCGAACGCGUCCAAGUCGAGCAUCAGCAUCUCACUGCAACAGUGUCCAGACUUGAGCGAGAGAUACAAGCGGAAACGGCACAUUCAAAGUCGGUGCAGCAGAAGCUGAGCGCCCUGCAAGCAAACGCGUCUGCUGGCACACUCGCUCAACAUGCGCCCUCGCAAGCAUCGCAAGACGAGCUAGACGAGUUGCGACAUCGAUCGGCGUUGUCAGAGGGGCUCACUGGUCUGCUGGUCACGAGCUGCAAGGAGGAACCACUAGGUCGAUCUUAUACUUGCCUCGUCAUGCGCAAACGCUCCCUGGAGUUCAAAUUGCAAUACAACCCCGACAACACGGUCAGCUAUACGCCCGUCGAGCCUGAGCGCGAUGAUGUCAGCACGCUACCGGCCCAGUUCAGUGGCUUCAUGCGGUUCAAAGUGGCACAGCUCCCCGCGUUCUACAAGAAGCUCUGCGUCGCGCUCGACUAG